GAGCCUCUGAUGUGCUCUGUGAAUUCUGUGAGGAAUAAUAUGUGCGGAAAAUGCAUGGAAGCAGGACUGUUCCGUCGCAUAACGAACGCGAGCCGGCGUUGCAUCGUAUAGAACGGCGUAGGUGACUCUAUACAUGUGCUUGCUGUUGGGGAAUUGUUCAUCCUGCUCGGUCAUAUUUAUAUAUGUGUCUGUGUAUACUGUCGACAGUUAAGUGCCUGUCGGCAUCAACUCCCCACCCCCCAUGUUCUCUCCGCGCUCCUCUCGCGAGAUAUGUGCUAUAGCCAUUCCUGAUAUGGAGUCACACGUUCGGGGCGACCGCUCGCCAUAUGUGACACAUUUUUCAUUGUGAUAUUUUGUUUUCCUCCACACAAACAAUUAUAUUUGUAGUUGACGUUAUGGUUAUUUUGGAUACAUAUAUAGCGACGACGAUGGCUAUCACGACUAUGUAUCGCCAUGUUGUGGCCUACUCAUGGUUCUUAGUGAAGCAUAUAUGGGACAUUAUAUCCGAUCGUUGGUCCAUCACCGCUCGUCGGAUCGACGGCGUUGAAGCCAUGCCUACAAACAACCUAACCGGCGAUGCUGCCAUACCUGAAUCGACACGCGCCAAAUUACCAUCUCUAAAUUCAGUCAGCUGCCAACAGUUUGAGCAGUUAGGUUCAAACGAUCACUCGGUCAUUGGUACAUUGUCAGUAGGUACGACACCGUUGGUCGCCGGUGAUGACGAGCUAUCAACGGAGAGACGUCUAUCCGAUAUUGAUGCCACAAUUUCUGAAUCACAGUGUUCGAUAAGUUCUUACGAGACUGUACCAGAAGACAUUAUUUACGCCGCUAGUUCCACGGAUCUAUUAAAUGAUAUUGAUUUACAUGGACACAGUGAUACUGGUAUUGUGCGGUCCAGUGUGCGGUUCUCCGAUUGUACAACUGGUCCACCUGACCGUGAAACGGAGAAUUGCCAUGCCAGCGAGGGCGCUACAGUAAAUCAUUUAGUUUCAAAUGAUCGCAGUAAUACUCAUCUCAAAGAUGAAAUAAACGAUUUUGCCGAACACACAGAUUCUGCUAGUGAAAGGAAAAAGAAAAAAAAGGGAAAAUUCAGAAUGGUUAAGAUCAAACUACGAUCAGAGAAAACCAUUUUCAUACGCGAGUUGAACACUGACUUUGUGGACCCAUAUUACAAGCUACCGGAAACGGAACUGCCGAAGAAGAAACUCACCCAGGUCCACGUGACACACUAUAAGUCACUAACUGAAGUCUGCAUACGAUUAAUUCAAAAAAUAUUCACGGGCGAGUAUCGAAGCCUACAAGUUAUGCUGAAUUCACUUUAUGAGAAAGGCCAGUCCGAGAGAUACAGACCCGAUUCUACGCCUGUAGUAGGGGGAUUGUACACAGCAUGUGAUGACGUCACACAUACUUGGCACAGAGUGAAAGUAUUGGAAUUGUCAAACACUUCUAAAUCGCCGUCAGUGUUGUGUUGGUUUGUUGACAUUGGGUGGGAAAAGAGAAUGCCAAUUGGUUGCUUACGGUGGCUUCUCAACCGGAAACGUCUUCUUAUUCCAGCCCAGUCUAUACUAUGCAGUCUACAUCGGAGCGACAAAUUACGUAAAUUGUCAACGGUUGAAAAGAUGUUAUUUACAGAAAAGUUCCAACACAGGGCUACAAGGGACGCAUUAUGGUGUAAAGUGAAAAAAAGACCAAGAAACCAAGCACCAAUCAUUAAACUAGGAGCCUCAAAAUAUGACAAUAUUGUCAAAGAUACCAUUAAAAGUGUUAAACGACUGCCGAAAUGUCACGGUUGUAAGCAACUAUUCACUGUCACCAGUAUGUUAUUGGAGAGGUCUAACGACCUUUCACAGAUGGCCACGUGCUUACAAGACAACAUCGAAAGAGUGAACUCGGAAGUGAGUCUGGUAAGAACGAACGCAGUGGAUCUUGAACAAGGGAUGGCGCUUUACAGGGAAACUCUUCAAACCGACAUGCAAAUGCGUUUUUCCUAUAUGGCACGUGGCCUACAGAUGGCGCUGUCCGAGUAUUUACAUCCUGAUAGACCAAUACGAUGGCCUUCAGUAAUGACAGAACAGUUAGCAGUGAGAUCAUCGACCGACCAGUUGUCAAACUUUCCUGACGAUGAAAUACCUCAGACAUGGGUAUAAUGAUGACAUCAAUGGAUGGUGAUGUGUCGGCAAAUACAUCGCCGAUGUAUUCUGCCACGACUUUUAGCAUAAUGAUCUAUAAUUACGCUAUGAUAUAUCUCCGCGGAAGUACUAAAUAUAGAUAUAAAUAAAUUGUAUUACAAUAAUGAUGAAAUACCGAACUACUCAUACGCGCACGCAAUUUGAAAUAAUAGAUACGC